AUGGAGAACCCCGACGGCCACGCAGAAGCUGACGUGGGGGCAGGUCUGGGCAGCGACCUCCUCCUCGAUGCCUACGACACCAGCGCCGGCGCAACCACCUCGCGCGCCCGCGCGGCCGUGGAAGAGGCUAGGUUAUGGGAUGUUGUCACCUUGGAUUGCUUAGACGUCGAUGCUUGGACCGCACUUAUUGAAGAGACGGAGAGGAUUGUUGAGAGCGAGAUAUUAAAAAUACGGAAAGUGUAUGAUGCAUUCCGUGCGGAGUUCCCUCUGUGCUUUGGCUAUUGGAAGAAAUAUGCAGAUCAUGAAGGCCGUCUAGAUGGUGUCAAUAAAGUUUUUGAGGUGUAUGAACGGGCAGUUCUUGCAGUUACUUAUUCAGUGGACAUAUGGUGUAAUUAUUGUCAGUUUGCGAUCUCAACAUACAAUGACCCAGAUGUCAUCAGAAGACUGUUUAAUCGGGGUUUAGCAUAUGUUGGAACAGAUUAUGGUUCCAAUACUUUGUGGGAUGAGUACAUCAAGAAUGAAGAAUCACUUCAAGCAUGGAGUCAUCUAGCUGUGGUAUACACAAGAAUACUAGAGCACCCUAUAAAACAGCUUGAUCGGUACUUUAAUUGGGAUGGCAGCAACGGCGGAGCACGAGCAGGUGAGGUGCGGCGCCUUCGUCGGACCGCUACAGCCACGGCGGAGGAGAAGGUGGACGCCAUGGGCGCGGCUACAGAGGAGGCGGAGGAGAAGGCGGACAUCGUGCACUUGCUACACGGCUACAGCCGAGGCGGAGGAGAAGGCGGAUGCCAUGGCCUUGCUGCGCUCGUGGGCGUUCUUGAGGAUGGUACACCGGCCGUGCCGCCGCCAGUCCUCUCUGGCCUCCCGCGUGUUAUCCUUCUCAACCUCCGCUCCUUCUGUCGUGAUUUGGAUGGGAAAUUGGAGGCCGGCCGUGUCCUUGUCCAACACAAAUUGAUGUAGUGCCCGACCUGGAUUUGAUUGGCUGUUAUAAGAAGCAAAGGUCCUCGGUCGGAAUCUCCAUCAGGUUUUGCCCUUCGACCAUAAUCUCCAUCAUCCCGUCGAAAUUGCAAUUUUUGACCAAACAUCCAAUGUCGCCGCCAAGUUCGCCGGACGAAGAAGCGCCGAGUUCGCCGGAGGAACAAGAACGCCCGUCGAGCCGUGCAAUGUCUCUUGUGGCGGCUACACGAGAGGUAUGUAUCCCCUCGAAGCUACGUAUCCCGUACAGCCUGAAGUUUGUGAGGCCUUGACCUGACCGUCACUAACGCCACCUUGCUGCCGCUGUUGUUGGAGAUGAGCUGAAUAGCAAGCUUUGGUUGCCUCGUUGCUUCCACUUCACUGCUCUUUGACUCUCCGUAAUUGUAAAACACCUAAUACGAUUCUUCAGCACUUGAUACUGGUGGUCAUGGUCUUCUUCCCUUACUGUUGCAAGACUUGGUUUUAGUUAGUAAUCUUGAGAUCAACGCGUACUCAUGGAUUGCUUAGAUGGAGGGCCACUGUUGGUUUUGUACUUGGAUGCGAUUGUGAAUCAUGCACGGUUCAAUUCAGAUUCAUGUGGUAUUUUUCCUAAAUUUGUGCCUGCCUGAACAUUAUUACUCUUAAACUAUGAAUAAUGAUUUUUGCAACUGUACAAGAAUUUCUUUGCUGCAUCACAAGAAAAACAGUUUGAAACAGAGAACUAUAUUGAACCUUCUAAUUAUUGUAUGAGCUUGCUUCACUUAAUUUGAACUGCAUACAUAGGCUACUUUGCUCAUGCAUGCAUCGAUACUAUUGUGUAUAAAUCUGCUUAUGUAUCUCACUAUUUGUGUAUCUAAGAUGGCGAUCUCAAAGACAAUAUUUUUAAUGCUUUUAUGAUAUUAAAAUGUUUUCGACUCCCCUGUUGCAGUUAUUAUUUCUGUCCCCUUGCUCGAUUAUGCUUUUUCUUCAGUUAACAAUUAGCUUUGCAGAAUAUAGAUAUGCUAGCUGCACCUAGGUUAUGAUUUUCCUUCAGUGAAGAAUUAGCUUUGCAGAAUAGUUAUGCUAGCUGCACCUAGCAAAACAGGAUUACGAUGUGUAAACAGGAUUAUAAAUAUCUAGAAUUGAAGGACUUCAGUUGGUGUUUGUUAGCUAGAUGAAAUUAGAUUUGUGGACAUAUCAGUUUAUGGGUGGCUAUUUGAUUGGUGAAUUCACCUGCUAUAUGAGCACUAUUUUUAAUAAAUAGUGUGCAACUAGAGAAGUAUAGGCACAGGAUUUACAAUAAAUGAUUCAUAGAAAGAAUUGUAAAAAAAUGCUAUUCUUAAUUUUCUGGAACUAGCGUAUAUUUUUUCCACUACAUUAGCCUUCAGAUUCUUCUUGGAUUUGCUUUCUGCACCAAUGUUUUCAGUGCCAUCCUUCUUCCGUGAUGCUGCUGCAUGCCAGGAUUCGCAGUGGCACCGCCGCAACCAGCAAGGACACAAGAUCACGAGGAUUGUUGUCGCUUCCGAGGACAUGGGAGCUGCCAUAGCCAGCGAGUACGUGAGCACACACAGUCACCAUCACUUAAGAGGAUGCGAGAGCCAUCUCAGCUUGAGAGGAUGCGCAUACCAUCUCCGGGUGAAGGAGUUUUGUGAAUACACUCCGAGGGCGGGGAUCACAUUUCAGUGAAAUCAUGCUACGUACUAUAACUUAAACACGCCAAGAAGACGAGGGAUAGUCCUUCGUUGGAGCGAUAUUUCUUCCAAGGAUGGUUGUUGGCAUGGAUCAGCACCAGUAAUACCCUGAAUUUUCUGAACUUGGCUCCUCUAGCCUAACUUGAUGAUGAAAGUUUCAGUCAAAUGAAUUUAUUAUGUAUAUUUGGCUUGGAGUUAAUCCCAAAAAAAUAAAUUUCUUAUGUCUAUUUUACAAAGAAAGCAUUCAAUUAUAAUUAGCUA